AUGUUCGUAGAUUCCUUCCAUGUCACUCGCCUUGCGCGAGAGGGCUAUGAAUGCCUCACAGGAGCACGUCGCAAGCCAUUCAAUGAAACGCUCUUACUAUCCCACCUCACCUCCCUGGACGCUCUCCGCGCCAUCUUGGAUGCAAUCAUUGCUCGCAUUCACCUUCUUUUACCAGGGCCUAACACCCCUUUCAUCGAUCGUGCUCUUCGAUCCUGUCUGUUCACGACAUCCCUUGCUUGGGCAGCUCUCGUCCAUCCUGUUUACCUCGAACUCAAACGUCGCCUCAGCAUCACCGUCGUCGCUGCUCCGCCUUCAGCCAACGCGGACUAUAGUGAACCGUCGUUACAGCGGAUGGAGCUACUGUCUCAGGGGUUGAAGAGAAUGACAGUAACAGCGGCGUUAGACGUCGCCCGUAAUGUGCGAGAUAUACAGGAUCUUAGUUUCAUCACGCAUCUCCGACUUGUGAUGUUGGAUGUAUGGGCGCGAGUCUUGAUCGAUGAGCGAGAGACUGCAGCUCUCAUGGGUGUGGACAGGAUACAGGCUCUUCAAUGGAUCUUGCGUGGGCUCAAACUUCGUGGGUGGUCACAUGUCGACCGGUCUGGUAUUAUUGAGGCCGUGGAACAUCAUCUGAGGGAGGAUAUCGAGGCCACCUUCUGGGCCGUCUUCGAUCCACAGCUCUUACCUAUCUCCUUACCUGCUUGA